ACAUGUAGACGUCUUCGUGAUACAACUCAGGAUCAUUCCGUCUGGCUGCAUCUACUUCGACGAGAGGGCGAACACCUUCCACUGCCACGACAUAUUGCCGACCUCUCCUCGUUGGUACGGCUCUCUUCCGGGCAGCUGGAGGCUGUCGUGCGUCGCCUAUGCACUGUCAACCAUACAUGGCUUUUGUCUCGGACACGCUACUUUUCACCAGGCCAUCGCCAGUCUUGCGCUCUGGAUCCUAUCUUCGACAAUGACGACGGGGCGCGCUCAAUAUACUCCAUAGAGAUAUUCCUUGACCGGUGGCUUCUGUGCAUUUACCACGAGAAGCUUGUGGAGAUAUGGGAUCUUGACUCCGUCAUUUACGAUCCCCACAAACCUAUACUUUGCACUAGUCAGAACAUCAAAGGCGCAGGCUCGUUCUCCUCCGCUAUAACGCACUUGGAUGAACAAAACAAUCUACUGACCAUCGCCGUCUCAUGUCACGAGCUAUGCCAAGUACUGCAAGUACAGCUCAGGCCGUCCUCUGUGUUCUACGCGAUCGAGGAGUCCCAAGACUUAGACGACGUGCGGUUCACGCUCAUAGCCGACAUCCCCAUUAUCUCCCCGGUACUGUGUCUGCGUGCAAUGGACCCGAGCCAGUCUCUGCUCCUGCUCAGCCUCCCGUCCUCCUUCCAUCUGCUGAACUGGGCCACCGGACAACGCAUCAAUGUUCAGAUGCUCGCCGUAGAGGAGGAAGAACUGUGGAACGGCGUUGUUGGAGCAACAUUCCUCACGUCCCGGCAUAUUCUCGUCCUGAAAGCCCACUCCAUCGAGAUUUGCACACUCCUCGACGCGCCCCACUCAGUUCAGCCGCAGACGUCCUCGGAAACCGCUACCAGCAACGCGCCGCCCAGCGGAAGCGCUACACACCCACUGCGUUUCUCGGAGACACAUAUGGGCGCCGUGGUGCGCUCACACCAUCUCACGAACACCACCUUCCGCGGCGCAUCCUUCGCGCGCCCAACCGUGCACUUUCCCUCCCGCCAUCUUCCAGCCGGGCACCCAGACUCAGAAGCCACCAAGGUGUCCACCUCCUUCCUUGCGUUCGACGUUCUCCGCGGGCUGUUCCACUUCUCCGUCGAGAUGACCCUCCCGCUCCCACCUGCCGACUCACAGCCCACACACGACAUCGCAGCCCCUAUCGACGUCCACAUCCAGCUGCUUGCGUCGCACAACAUGGCAUUACCCGUGUUUCCCCAUCCCCAGGUCGGUGACAUGUCCCACCGAAGCGGCUUCUCCCACGGAAACCGUGGCUUUGUCUCUGCGUGCGCACUCGGUCCUACUGGGCGGCGUGGUGUUUGGGUCGAGCGGAGACGUGGAGCAGUCAGGCGCGUGGUAUAUGGAUUUGAUGCGGCCAGACCUACUCCAGGACCGGAAGACACAGACACGGGCGGGGAUGGGGACGCUGGGAAGCUUCAAGACCCUAUGGAGACCGAGGAUACGGAUUCGGUGGGUACACACAGUACACGAUCGGAAUCCCCGGGAGAUCAUCCCAUAGGCACGUUGGUCCAGAACGUUCUCGCUGGACGAGGGGGCGCAAUUGAUGGGCGCGAGGUGUACGAAGUGAACUCGUAUGACUUGCGAGAUGAUAUUACGCACGUUGCCUUCUCCGAGGCGACGGGCCUCAUCGCACUGGGUACCCGCAAGGGCGAGAUCCGGGUGCUUGGUGGAGAGGGGCCGGACUAGAUAAUUUGCAGCAGCCGUAUUGGGGAUAUUACACGCAUCGCUAGAAGCGGCGAAUCUUCUAUGUACGGGGACGAUGUAGGAUGUGACAUGCGAUUUGAACUUGAUGCCGU